AUGCCCGUCCCCUUCGAAGCCCUGAUUCCCUAUGGAAUCGUCCUUGCCAUGUUUGGCGCGACUGGCGCUGGAUUGUCCAAGUUCCGGAACUGGCAGAACGGCGGCAAGAGACAGCGACGCUCGCUGGAUCAAUGGGAUAGGGUAGUGAUGGACCGAGAUCGAAGACUCACAGGCACGUUGCGAGGGCAAAGCGACGCCCCUAUAGCACCGCUAGGCUUCGAGCUCAACAACCCUUGGAGAGUCGAGAAACGGAUGUCGUAG